GAUCAUUCAAACGAUGCUGCCGGGUGUGUGACGGAGCGCAGAGGCAGAGAAGUCAUGAAUAGGUCUGAGCGCUUACCAAAGGUGGGACUUGUGGGGUGCGCGGUGCGCAGUGAGCCAUGUUCCGGCUGAGAGCUCGCCGUCGCCUUCGACGGCCGCAACUCUACAUGAUAUAGCACUAUCGUCAUCUAUGGCCUCUGCAGCCCCUGUACUAUCCGUAGCGGAUAGGAAUGAUAUACACAAGUCCUGCAAGACGCUAGAGGUCGUCGUGAAUGUCCUGAACGAUUACUGCGAGGCGGCAAAUGCGAUACUAUCUUUGCAGAAGAAGCUAGCGCGAGCCCUGCGGGAUGCAUCAUCCGUGAGAUGUGUUGCUGAGAUUCCAGCAAACGCGCUGAAUGCCAGUGCGACUAUCUUCGAGACUCUCUCCGAUAUUGACUCAAGAUUCGUCAAACUGGCUGAUAAGGAGUGCGAUGGAAUCAGUGCAGAGCUCAAGAAAUGGUUUAAGAGGCUCGCUAAAGAGGAAAGAGCGCACGAUGAUCGCAUAGCGAGCGCCAAUGCCAAGAUCAAGCAAGCCGGAUUACAGUACGAGAAGAAAUCCAAGAAGAAUCCGCAAGGUGCAGCAGAGGAGCAUACACGCUACAUUAACCUUCUCAGUACACUCGGUCCCGAGAUUAACAACGAGAAAUACAAUCAUGCGCUGCUAGUGACCCGGAAGCAUAGCGGUACUAUGCAUACUCUGGCCGCGUGCCUAUCGCGCGUCGCCGACGGCGAAUGGUUGCGCUCCUGCGAAGGUGUGAGGCGCUUCUCUACUACAAUCGGUCAACUCGGAGAAUGGCGCACAUAUUGCGAGGCUGGGUGGUCUGGAUCUGCACCCGCAGAUCUUCCCAAAGCUGAUGUGCCCCAAAAUCAGUCUAUUCGAUCUAUCCCUCCAGUGCAGACGAACGAUGAUGUUACACCGAAUGCCGAUAACAGCUCCAGAGAGCUGAAAGUACCUCUCGGAGAUAGUCCUGCUCCAGAGUACUCGUCUCGCCAUGCCUCUGAGCAAGACCUUGGAGCAUCAUCAAGAGCGAUCACACCCUCUGGAGAUUCACCUGCUGCAUUGCCCCAGUAUCUGGCUACGCCUGGUAGGAAGUCUCCGCCAAGGCUCACGGUUGGCAAGAAUUUGAAUGAUUCAACCACUUCGCUGGCAUCCUUAGCUUCGUUCCCAUCGCCGCCGACUCACUUCCCACUUCCGCCCGUACCCAGAAGUCCCGUGUCUCAAGCAGAUGUCAUGAAAAGCGAAUCAUCUUCAGGCCACCGUCCGCUCGUUGAUACUACGUUUCCCCGUGUUGCUGAAUCGCCCGCACAGCUGACACCAACAGAAACAUCUCAUCAAGAUCACUCACCGGCUACGUGGCAUUCAGAAUCGCCUGCUUCCGAUAUAUCUCGCUUCCAAGUGCAGGACAACAUGCGAGUCCACGAGACUUCCAGUGCGCAUGCCUCAGUGAAUGAUCAUCUAGUAAAGAACUCGGACCCGCCUGCAGCGAAUGCCACUGCAAGUGAGACCAUACUUCCCCCGGUUGUGGAAGCUCACGCACGUACGUCUCUACCGGAAGUGAUAGAUGAUGAGGACCAUGAUGUCGAUUUCGGCGUGAAGAAGGCCGUCGAGAAUUUCCCAAUGUUAAAUGCCAAGAAUCUAGACGCUUCGAUCGCUCCACCAGUUCAGAGGAGCGAUACAGGAAGGAGCAAUGGGAGCGUGGUUGCUUCUCUCAGGGAUCGCUACAAUCGUCCGGCGGAGUCUACGUCUCCAAAAAGGGAGGUUCCACGAUUGCCGACCAGCGUCUCUCGCUUGGCUACCCAGUAUGAGACAAGCGCAGUAGCUCCAACGUCCCCUUCGCCGCCACAGAAUCGAAGCCGAGCCUCUACAGACAUGACGCGCAGGAUACCCCCUCCCGAGUCAAGCGUCCUCCCGAGCGCUGCUAAGCAAGUCGUCACGGGGCAUGCACCAGCAGCUAUCGUGGACGAUAUCGCGAUCAGACGGCAGCGCAUCGAAGAGCUCGAGGAGCUCGAGCUAAGGGAGCAGGAACUCGAGCUGCGUAUGAAGGAGCGCGAGAUCGGACGGAAGGCGAAGGAGCUCGAGGCGGAGCGCGCUCGACUGCUCUACACUCGCAGUCCGGACAGUGGCCACGGCAGCGAUGCGACGCGGGGAGGUAUCGUCAACAGACUGUCCAAGUACCCCCAACUGGGCUCGUUCCCUUCCCAACCUCCGUCGCGGGCACAGUAUGUCGUGCAUUCGUACAGCACGACUAAUCUUCAGCCCCAGCCGACCUCGCCGCCCACGUCGAGUCAACAAUCGUCUAGCCAGCCUUCAUCUCCGCUCUUUCGUCCAACAGACCACGCACCCUAUUGUGGCUGUGAAGCCUGUUCCACGUCAAAGUAUAGGUCUCAGGAAUCCUCGCUCGGCGCGGCUGACGUGCGACCACGUCAGCCCCCUAUCAUUGGAAUCCGAGCGGAGAAGCCAAAGGGCUGGAUCCGGAGGCUGAGUAUGCCUGUAGGCAAUGCUUUCUCCUUAGACUCGAAGAAAAAUCUGGGCGGCGCUGGCGUUUGGGGUGGGUCGAGCUCCAGGACUAGCCUUGUCCUUCCUGGAGAAGACGGUGUGAUGCUGCAGAAGACCAUCACGGGCGGAAUUAAGAAUCGGAGCACGACAAACCUAGCACGCCGGUGAUGAUUCGUACUAUUUAUAUCUAUGUUUGCUGUAUGACCUGCUUCCUUUAUGGUGUGGUUGCCUCUGCUUCGUUAUACCCAUUUACGUUGACGUAUUCGUUCCGAUGACCAUAAUGAUGGCGAUGACAUCGCUUCGCUACGGAGCCUACAUGUACAUUGUACAUUCCUAUAUAUCCCGAACUGUAUAGCUCAACGCGAAGACGAGAUUGUUCAUCUUUUUGUGUUGAUGAACACCGAUAUGCACAAUAAACGUCGAGAC